AUGAGGAAAAUGAAGAAAAAACGGGGACGAGCACGACUUGUGACAUAUUUCAUACCCGUUUCCCCUGCUGCAGCCCUUUCGGUUUCGAGUGCGCUAUCUUUUCUGGGACUUCACCUUCAGGCCCAAGAUACUUCGUGGCGGACGUGCUUCGGACUUUUGUCCAGUCAAUCGGAAGCUGCAGAAAAAGACAAAUCGAAACCUAGUACGACCGACAGUGGUUCUCCUACUCUCCUGGGGGGCACCAGCACUUACGAACAAAAACUUCCUACUCGAUGGCCACUAGAAAAAAGCGAAAUUGUUUGGGCCACUUACACAUUGCCUAACGGCCGCGGUGUCCUUGGCGACUUUUACGGCAUAAUUCCAGGGCUUCCGGCUCACGGCCUCAACCAGCCUACAGCCGCGACGAAAAAAAAAGUACGCUGGAUACGGCCGUUACAGCAUCCCCACGGGCCAGAAAGCGAGCAGCAGGACCCUGAUGUCAAGGUCGACCCGGACGCCACAAAUUACAAAAAUUAUCUGUGUGGAGAUGCAAUUUGGAGGCAACAGCCCAACGUUGUCGACGUUGAAAGCGAUUUGCCGGAGAUCCCAUUGUCUUCAGUAAAGACUGUACUUCCCCAUGCAAAGACACGGGUCAAACUUAAGGGAGAAGAAAGCCGCUCCGGAGACUACAAGCCAUUUCAGUUUAGGGACCCGAAGCCGGCACACAAAGAUCGAGGUUCGUGUUUCGAAGUAGGAGAUCCAGUUUGGGCGAAAGUUACCUGGACCGGCCCGAUUGGGAAAGGCCCCUCUGGUGAAGUCAUCAACAAAAAGCUCAUUUUGGGCUACUUUCCUGCGUACAUUUCCCUAAUCGAAGACAAGGACGAGCACGACAAUUACCUCCCCUUUCCCAGUCAAAAGGUGCGUGUUGGGUGGUAUCGGCCACCUGCGGAUCAGCAACAGAAAAAGGAAUUGGCUUGGGUCCAAGGCGUACUUCCAGAGUUCGGUUCAUGGGAUGACUGGAUGUGCCUCUACAGCUAUGCCCAUGGAGAAUCUUUUGGCACCACCCCUUUUGACAUUGAGGGGAAAACCGACGCGGUUCCGUGGAGUGAUUUGCGGUGGCCGUCUGAGCACCGCCCCAAAAGUCGUGAGCAGUGGCGCGAGACGGUGGCGUUUGUCGAAAACAGAGAGGAAUAUCGAAUGGGACUCGCGAAGUAUUUUGAUGGGCUGAAGGACCUGAGUCCUGCUGAUGCCCGUGAAAAGUACGGCGUCCAGAAAAUUGGCACGGGUCACGAGCUUAAACCAGCUGACAAAGUAUGGCCUCCGAGAAAGACACUUGUGAAAGGUCAGUGCACUGACAUUCCAGAUCAAGUGUAUUAAAUACACUCCAAAACCAAAACCACGAGAUGCCUAUUUUGCCUUCUAGCUUUAUUUGUUUUAUUAGUUCGCUCUUUAUUUUUUUGCGCUCGAUGACCAUCGCUAUGGGCUUCAGGCGCUAGCCUAAACCGCCGGAACUGUAGUUUUUUUUGUAUUGCAAGCUUCAAAUUGCAACCUCGAAAUGCAGCCCCAUUUAUUUCGCCGAGCGUGCAAAGACAACCGAGAGAAACAGUUCUUUCUUCCGGCAAGUACCGGCGAGAACCCCGCUUCUUUUUCGUACCACGAUUAAAUCAAGACUGCCUUGCUGUUUUUCUGUCUGGGGGUGGCUGCGGGUGUAUUAUUGUUAUUGGACGAAUCGCAUUCGCGGUUAGGCCCUCUCUUCCUCCGGAGCAGGAGCUUGAGAAACCGCAAGAAACCGCAACUAUGUAUGAAAACAACACGACUACCUAGAGCAAGAAAAAGAAAAACUGUACAAAGCGACAGAAACCUUACAGAAGAUAGAUGU